AUGAUGCGUUUCAAAAGUAUACUUACUGAGUUUGAUAUUCAGGCAACUGGUGUGGCAUUAACGGCAGUGUUUUUUGAUAUUUAUUCUGCGGAUAAAGUAGACAACAUUUUUGGACACGUUCGUAAUCUAUUAAUAGUGCUAGCAUUUCUAUCCUUGAUAAUAACAAUAUUAGCAGGCUACGGUCUUUCAGUGUUAUUCUUUCAAAAAUCUCCAGAUAGAAUCCGCAUAUACACGUAUUUAUCAUGGUUCUACAUGGUAUUCGUCUGGAGCGCCGUGUCCGCUGGUGCAUUAAUCGCCAUUAUUACUAAACGAAAUAGCUUCAUUAAUUAUUGUGCGAACAACAUUACAACGGAAGACAAGUGUAAGCAAUCUGCAACCAGAUCCAUAUUACGGCUUGCGAUUGGAAUAUCUAUCACCACCAUUUGUAAUAUAUACUUUACAACAAUACUUCAAGUUUGUCAUAAUCGUCUUUGUCAAAACUAUCCCGACUUGAUUCGUAAACGGUCACAAAAGCAAGCCUCCCGCUCUACAACAAAAACCAAAAAGGAAACAGUUGUAUCAUCACUUUGGACUGGCAGACACUUUUGGGAGAAGAAAUUAUUGGAAAGCAUUGAUUCGAAUUCUAUUGCUCGCUUUGAUAACGGCGACACGUCAAGACUGACUGAUGGCGACACGUCAAGACUGACUGAUGGCGACACGUCAAGACUGACUGAUGGCGACAUGUCAAGAAUGACUGACGGCGACAUGCCAAAAAUGACUGAUGGCGACACGUCAAGGAUGACUGACGAAGAUACGAAUAAUAAUGAUAUUAUCUCGGGCGCAGAUAUUCCUGAGGCCAGCGACACUUUCGAUACAUAUAAAAUGACACGGAUAAAGAGUGAUCAAGAGACGCGAGAAAAUAAUGAAUAUACCGAAGACGAGGCGAACUGUCAUACGCAACAAGAUACUGAUUCGACAAUAGUUCAGGACCCCGAUCCAUACGUUUAUCACAGCUUGUUCCGGUACAAAUAUAAAAAAUGA